AACUUGAAGCAAAUAACAACUAUUUUUGACUUUUAAACAUCUUCAUUCUCCUAUAUAGAGUCGUGUGAGUUUUAUCAAAAUAGCUAAUCUCAAAGAAAAUACACCACAAUAUGCAUCUUUAGAAGGAAGUUACCAUAAAGACUUUUUCUUGAAAUUAUCCUAAAAAAUCAAUUUUUUUUAGUCAAAUAAAGAGGCCACACAGUUAGAGUGACUGUGUCAUCUCCUACACGUUUAACGUUUUGGAAUGGGGUGGUGGGAUUCACCUUUUCCCCAAUUUGGUGACCCUCAAGGCCCUGUGUACACGUGUUUUCAUAUACCCUCUCUUUGUCGCACUCUCGACACUUUCAUUAUCUAAAACCUAAAAAUCAAUUAUACGAGUUUGUUCUCUUUAGGAGCGCAGCAAAAGGAGCUACCCCAAUUCGAUCGGUGGUUGUUUUUUCAGUUUUCAGUUACAGAUCGCUGAAGCACACCAGGUGUUUGUGAAAUGUCGCCAGUGAAGUCGCCGCAGGAGCUCAGUACUCCGGAUAUUGCGAAAAAAGAUAAGCUUGUAGUUAAGAAGGGUGAAGAAGAAGAACUUCCUCCAGGGUGGAAGGUCGAAGUGAAAACACGAACAGGAGUAAACGGGAUAAAAAAAGAUCGGUACUACACAGAUCCGGCCACCGGAUACGUAUUCCGAUCACUCGUAGACGUCCACCGCUAUCUCAAAACCGGAGAUGUGGGUCCACGAGCAAAAAAACCCAAAAUCACCGAUAAAAAAAUCGUUGAACAAAGCGAAUCAAAGGAACAAACAAUUGUUUCUUCUAGUCCUUUGAGUGAAACUCCAAAUAAUAAUAAGCGAUCACUAGAAGAUAAAUCAGCGACAAGAAGCAAAUCUGAGUUACCUCAACGUGCUUCAAAAAGACUAGCCAGAGUCACCAUUGAUGCACCACCACCACCACCACCACCACCAUCGUCACCACCACCACCACCAUCAUCAUCACCGCCGCCGCCGCCAGAGCCUAAAACACGUAAGGCUACACGAUUAUCCGGCAUCAAAACUGAUGCACCACCACCACCACCAUCGCAAUCACCGCCAGUGCCUAAAACUAGACAAGCUAAACGGCAAGCUGCAAUGGAAAUUGAAGCACCGGUAACAACACCACCAGCACCACCGCCACUGCCGCCAUCAUCACCGCCAGAACCCAAAACCAGUCCUCAAGUAACCGCUAGACAGGCGGAGGAAUCACAAACCCAGCCACCUGUUGUUUUGGCUAUUUCAAAAGAGAAAGACAAGAAAUCUGAACCACAAAAGAUCAAAGACAAUGAUGGAAUUGAAAAUGCUGACAUGGCAUCCAAGCGUGUAGUAGCAACUCAAGAAAAUCUUGAAAAGGUUAAAUCUAAGUCUAAUAAGAAUCAAGAAUCACGUACUGUAUUGAGCCACCCUAUCCCUGAAAAACAACCAGUGGAAUCGGAAUCACUGAUUCCGAUUCCAGUGGAAUCGGAAUCUGUGAUUCCGAUUCCAAUGACUGAUUCCCAUUCCCAUUCCCACCACAAGAAACAAGAAUCACCUGUCAGAAACACGAACCCGGGUCAAGAAUCGUGUAUAAACUUCUGUUUGAAUGAUUUUUGGACAGACCCAUGUAUCGAAUUUGCUGUAAAAACCCUAACAGGUGCGAUUCCAUUUGGGGAAUUGAAUAAAGUUGACAACUUUCUUCCAUCAUCUUCACCAUUAGAGGUCCCCAUGGAAGAGCUUUGGACAGAUCCAUGUAUUGAAUUUGCUGUGAAAACUCUCACAGGUGCAAUUCCUGUGGUAGGGGAAGAUCAAAAUCCUGGAAAUGGAAUUCAAGAUUAUUUACAUCAUCAACCUAAAACAGGGAAUAAUAAGAAUAAUAAGCAGUUGGAUUCAGUUGGAAAUGGUGGGUUACAAAAGUCGGGUAAUAUUGGUUUUCAUCAACAAGUUAAUGGGAAUAGUAAUAAUGGGCAAUGUUCAAGACCCAGUGCAUUUGAGUACGAGCAGUUCAUGGAAUUCCUUCACAAGCUCACUAGAAGUAGAGGCAAAGACAUCUACUUCUAUUUUCCACAAGAGUCUUUAAGUCAAGGAAUUCAUACAUGGGUGAAUGACGGUGAUUACAAAGAAUUUUUGGAUUUGGCUUAUGCAAAUGAGAUGAGAAUGAAUGUUGAAGAGGAUGAAGACUCAGUCUUGUUGGACACUUAUUAUGUUGACCAUGAAGAAGAUGAUGUUGAAUAUCCAUUCCUAGCCAACACAACCAUGGGUGAUAGGUUCUUAAACAAACUUUGUCUACAUACAGUAAAUAUAGAUGAUGUAUAUGAAGAUGUUGAAUAUGUUGAACCUCAAUACCCUGCGCAUGAUGAUAGACAACCAUAG